AUGGCCAGGCAAAAUUUCGUGGGAUUGGUCGUGUCCCAAGGUAAAAUGAGCAAGACCGUGAAGGUCCGUGUUCAGGCCAAGGGUUACGAUAAGAGGGUCCACAAGGAGGUGCUCAAAAGAAAGGACUACCUCGUCCACGACGAGGGAGAUCUCUGCAAAGAAGGCGAUAUCGUCAGAAUCGAGUCUAUUCCCAAGAUGACCGAAAGAAAGUAUUUCGCCAUUGCGGAAAUCAAGAUCAAUAAGGGUCAGCAGUUCGCCAAGUACCAGGAGUUGGCCAAGAAGAAAGUGUAUGCUGAGGAGCAGAAAAAGAGAGAUGAGCUCAACGACAGAAGAGCGGUGUUUGAAGAAGAUAUCAAAAAGAUUGAGGAUUUGAAACAGCUAGAUUCCUUGACCAAGGCCUUCUCCAAGGUGCCUGAGGGCGAGAGGGAAUCUUACCUCAAGUCGAUCGACGAAAUCAAGAGAAGGUACAACAUUACGCUGUGGCCAUCCACCGAACAAGUGGUGCCACUUUCAAUCAAUAAUGCUGCCAGGGACCUCAGCACGAUCGACAACAGACUAGCCAAUAUCCACGUCAUUCUUGAAAAGUUGAUGAGCAGCUCGUUCGAAGGCCAAAGGAAGGAGAUCUUGGAGAAGAUGGGCAAAAGCACCGACUUGAAGCCACACACGGUGAAGAACAUUUUGCGUAAGUGGGUUCUCGACCCCAGAAACGAUGUCCCUGUGUCCCUUUAG